GUGGAUUCAAAGGAUUUGCUUUCCCCUCUCAAAGAGCCGCCAUUCUUUGAUGAUUGGGCAGCGGCAAACUUCAAAGUAAUAAAUCUUAUUUCUGACUGGCUGGCGGCCCACCAAAGUCCUUAUCAAAUUCUAAGAAGUGAUCCCUCACUCUUCAGAUAGACUGAGGAUAUAUCGGCGAGAGGAGGCACUGGAGAGUGAAGACCUGCCCCGACCAGAAUCAUUUUUUCCCCCUUCCUUUUCUUCUUUUGCUCUGAAUGCCACAUAUUCAUCAAAAUUAGCGCGUUUGUUUAUUAUUAGUUUGCAUCGGGAGGAGGAGGACGCGCACCAUGGCAGCGGUGGCUGUUCUGCGGAAUGAAACACUGCAAGCUUUUCUCCAGGAUCGCACUCCAAACUCCUCUCCAGAGAACUGUAAGCACUCCCCGCUGGCGCUCCUGGCCGCCACUUGUAACCGGAUCGGACACCACCACGGAUCCAACCACCCAGACUUCCUCCAAGUCCCCUACGAUCCCACUCUGGGCUCCCCCUCGCGACUAUUUCACCCGUGGACUAACGAGGGGAGCCCCCAAAGCAGCCUGGCCGGCAACUCUACUUUCGGACUAUCCUCCAAGCCUCAGCUGUCUGCGCACAUCCAGAGCUCCUUCAGCACCCACCACGAACUGCCCCUCACCCCUCCGGCGGACCCUUCGUACCCCUAUGACUUCUCCCCGGUUAAGAUGUUACCUUGCUCCAUGCAGUCCCUCCAGUCCACCUGUCCUCCCACCUACGUCCCUGCCGUCAGCUACGCAGCUCCGGCGCCCAUCCCGCCCCAGAUGCCGGGCUUCGUGACGGGACCGUCCGGCCUGGUCCACCAGCAGCAGAGACAGUUGUCCCCGAACCCCGGGGAAGACAUCCCGUGGUGGAGCCUGCAGCAGGGCAACCACGUCGGCCACUCUUCCACUCUGGGUCCCCACCGCUUCCAACUGCAGAGAGGCUUGGUGCUGGGGCACACGGACUUUGCGCAAUACCAGACGCAAAUCGCCGCUCUGCUGCACACCAAGUCGCCCCUCGCGACCGCGCGGAGGUGCAGGCGGUGCAGGUGCCCCAACUGCCAGUCGUCCACCUCCAGCGACGAGCCCGGCAAGAAGAAGCAGCACAUCUGCCACAUACCGGGCUGCGGGAAGGUGUACGGGAAGACGUCGCACCUCAAGGCGCACCUGAGGUGGCACUCCGGGGAGCGGCCGUUCGUGUGCAACUGGCUGUUCUGCGGAAAGAGCUUCACCAGGUCGGAUGAGCUGCAGAGACACCUGAGGACUCACACAGGAGAGAAGCGCUUUGUGUGCCCGGACUGCUGCAAGAGGUUCAUGAGGAGCGACCAUCUUGCCAAACAUGUGAAAACCCACCAGAAUAAGAGAAGCAAGUGCCACGAGAAGACGCUUGAUCACGUCAAGAGAGAGGACACGAGGAAUAUGUUGUAACACGGUUCACUUCGCCCCAUUUCGUACCUAGGCGUUGUCAUUUCGUACCUGCACACUGUAGUGCUGCUUAUCCGCCUUUCCCCCCCCUGACAUUACAUUUUGUUAUUCCCCGAAAAUAUAAUGAAUUAAGAGACUUAUAAUUUCAUUCAAUCUUAUUUUCUUUUCUGAACAAACUCCAAUUCAGUUGACCGCUUUGCUUAUUGUACAGAACAAUCAACUUCUAAGAAAGCUAACCUUUUGUGACCCCUGACCUUCUCAAAAGAUAACAUAUAUGACUAAUAAAAUUCACUUCCAGACCCUGAGCAAAUAAAGGCAAAUUACUUGAAAUAUCAGCUGUCAGUUGCAGGGAUGAAACGACCAAAAGUACGAAAUGGCAAGGCAGCGACCUGACCAGCACUCUUUAAGGCUCAACACACCUGCUAGUUAUUUCCAGACAAACAGUAUCAUAGUGCAAUACAGUCAGUCAUUAGUUAAAGUACAAAUUAGGCUGCUUUUUAUUUUAUUUUUUUUUACAGGAUAGUUGGACUUUUCGGGUUGAUUUCUAACAUCCUGACCGUGGUUUUUAAACUUUGCUGGUCUGUGGGACACAUUUCUCUCUGUGUGUAUAAAGUUUAAUGAGUUCAUCUGAGAAGUUUAAUCAAGUCUGGGAUAUUCACUGUUUGUAUAACAUCAAAGAAAAGACAAGUUUUAAGACUUGUGUUUUGAUUCAUUGUCUUCGGUGGAAGAUUUCACUCCCCUGUAAAUUCUAUUUAAUAGCUUUUGUUGAAUGAAAGUGUCUGUUUUUUGCUCCAUAUGGGGGUGUUUUCUUUUUUUAUUAUUAUUAAAAAAGCAUGCUCUUGAAAAGAUCUGCUAUUGUUGCUAUGACCCAAAGUACUGCGUGAGAAUAAAAGUUAUAAAAAUUUCCCCCUCAUCUAAGGAGAGUUCAUUCAGCUUGCCUCUGUUAUCUCACUGUGGAGGCGACAAGACAUUUUUAAAAAUAUAUUUUACCUGUAAAAGAUCUACAUGACUUGCAAAAGCUGUUACCAGUGUCCAAAAUGUCCCAAUACAAAAAGAUUCAUUUGAUAUUUUUCCAAUAAUCAAUUUUAUGGGAUUAAACUAUAAAAUCCUAAUAUUUUCUUCUUGAUUUUUCGAGUUUAGACACUGAGGAAAAUAUAAUUUUGAGCUGUUUUUUAAGUCUCUAAAUGGUGUUGCUUUAGCAAAAACUGCUGACAUUCUUGGAUAUUUUUAAAGAAAAAUGAGAAUAUUUUCCCUAGAAAAUGUUUAGAAUAAGCUAAAUAUUUUUUUAUUUUUAUUUAAAAGCAUCAAAUUCCAAGCAGAUUAAGUCUGUAUUAGGAAAAAAAAGUAUUAAAACUAUAGAUUUUUAUAUUGAUGUAUGGGUUUCAGAGGUGAAAAAUGUGGUGCACCAGUUGAGUAAAAGCUUUUUAGUCAUAACUUCAUGAGCGUUUUGGAUAUGUAUGAAGUAUAGUUUAUUUUUUCUAAUUAAUAUAUUUUUUUCCUGAAGUUCAAGAUCCUCAGAAUAAAUGUUCCUUUUGGCAGAUUUUACAAUUUUUUCUUCCUGUAUCCUUUAAUGUUGUGUUAAACGAUUCAUUUGUUUAGUCUAGGAGUGAUAUUAUUGGCUGGGUGGAGACCAAGAAUCAUUUUGAAGAGUUGGACGAAGUUACGUUGACAAUCCUUAAAAUACGAUUGGUACAAUCCUUUUUAGUGUCGUUUUUUUUGUUUUUUAAGCAUACAGCUGUCUGUUACAGGUUCAUAAGUUUCUCAAAAGAAAUUCAAGUGUUUCAUCUUCACCUUCUUCACCCUCUUUCUCAGUUUUCUAUUGCUAAAGUUCUUCAGUCCAUGAUAUCGAUCAGCACAAAUAAGAAGCGAUAAAGUCCUUUAUGUCUAGCAGAUCCAAAGCAUCAGUCAGAGAUUCAUCCAUCUGCUCCAGCUAUUCAGUAAGUAAAGUCCUUCUGCUGUCAUGUCUGUUUCAUCUCAGAUCAAUAAAAUUGUCAGGCUGAUAGCUGCCACUCAGGGAAGUAUCAGCUGCUAGUUGUAUGGGAGGUUGUUUUUUUUUUUGUUUUUUUUGUCACAACAGCGCCCCCUUUUGUUAGAUGUGGUGGCUCAAUGGAGCAAGAAAAUAUUAGUGUUGAAAAAAAAAUAUACCAGAAGUCUUAACCUUUCUCUAGUGCACA